UUCUAAACGAAAUACAAGCACUAACCAGGAUCCGUCAUCGAAAUAUUGUGAAGCUUUAUGGAUUUUGCUCUACAACUCAACAUAAAUUACUCGUGUACGAAUACAUGGAGAGAGGUAGUUUAGCAACUAUCCUCAAGAGUGAAGAGGCAAUGCAGUUGGAUUGGACAAAGAGAGUGAAUAUUGUUAAAGAUGUUGCUCAUGCCCCAUCUUAUAUGCACCAUGAUUGUGCUCCAGCCAUUGUACAUCGAGACAUAACAAGCAACAACAUUCUACUUGAUGUAGAAUUUAAGGCUUGUGUUUCAGAUUUUGGAAUAGCCAGACUUCUAAGGCCAGAUUCAUCUAACUGGAGCAUGCUUGCAGGCACACGAGGAUAUGUUGCACCAGAGCUUGCUUAUACAAUGAGGAUUACUGAGAAAUGCGAUGUAUAUAGUUUUGGAGUGGUAACACUUGAAGUGCUUGUGGGAGAGCAUCCUGGAGAUCUUACAUCUACUUUAUCAUCAUCUAAUGGUGAAAACACCUUAUUGAAAGAUUUUCUAAAUCCACGACUUUCUCUUCCCAUGGCACAAGUUGCAGAUGAAGUGGCUAAAGUAGUUAUGAUAGCACAACAAUGUUUAGAUGGCAAUCCACAAUCUCGUCCAACAAUGCAGCAUGUAACUCAGCAAUUGGCUACUCUUAAGACCAUCGAUCCCUCAACUUCUACACGACCAAAUUAUGUCAUCUAA